AUGGCCGGCGGUCGUGCAAGCGAUUCCUUAUCUAGGACGGCUGCUUUGGCCGUCCUAGGUUCACUCCUUUCCGCCCCUGCGAGGGCCUACAACGACGAUGUUGUUACCGUUGAAGUUGUCGUCACAACCUAUCUCGACCUUGGUUCGUGUGUCAAUGCCUGCGAUCCAAAGAAUGCAUUCAAGACAGCUGAAAAUAAGCCGCCGUAUGUAACGCUUACUCUGCCGACUUGCCAGUCGGAGCACGCUACCUCAACCAAACACCCCGAGUGCCCGGUCUGCACCGGAACUGUCUUUCAUUAUGAACCUACCGAAGAUCCCUAUGUUACAAUCACGUCAACUGCAUACGAUUACGACAAGCCUUAUGUCUCCACUAUUCAUCCUAAUUGCCAUGGCUGCAAGGGUACUGCUAUCAUAUAUGAACCCAUCAAGUCCAAGAGUCCUCAGAAACCACUUCCUACAACUUAUACAUGGGAAGGGGCUGGCCCCAACGACCCUAGAUUCACUAUUCCGGCCAGGCGCCCGGAAGAUCCCCACACAGUUGUUAUCGGCACUCACGGCUUUACCGACCGUCUCUGGACGGUUACCGCUCAUGGAUAUGAUAACGGGGCAAAAGCUGAAACUCGUACGGUUCUCCCUACUGACCACCGCGGAAAGCCUCGGCCCAGCGCGGUGCCAAUUGUGAUUAUCGGCAAUGAAGGUAAAUUGGACGAUCUGCCUCAUGACCAUCUCAUCGGGGCCGACACAGACAGAGAUAGUCAGCCUCAUCGACUGGCUGACCCUGAUUGGUCUAUUGAAUCUUCUCUCUUGAACUAUACGCUCGGAGGUCUCACAAACAGUAAGGCCAUCGAUCCUGGCCUCUUAGGAGGAUUGACCAACGGAACAAAUCUUGGAAGUGGUACGACGGGUGGCUUAGGCAAUAGCACAGAAAGCUGGAACAACACGGGACUCGGCGCGCUCAUUGGCACGAGUCUCAGACCUAAUGGAACUGACAACUUCACCAACUUUCUCGGUGACUCUAUUGGCGCCGUGUUCUCAAAGGCUCUCAGUGAAGUCCUUGGACUUGCUAGUAACGACACAGGUCUCGGGCAACUACUCUUGGGCAAUGGAACUGUGAACAAUACAGGACUCAUUGGAGAAUUGCUUGGAAUUAAUGGAGCUGUGAAUGAUACUGCCAUUGGUGACGCCGUUAAUGCCAUUCUUUCACAGGCUCUGAAUGAGGCCAUCGGACUCAAUGGCACGAAUACCACGGGCCUGGGAGCUAUUUUACCUGGAGGUAAUCUACCUGGCGGUAUCCUUGGCAGUCUCGCCAAUGCUCUCCUUGGUAACGGAACUAGCAAUGCCACAAACAUUUCUGGUGAUAUUCUUACUGGGGUUCUCGCACAAGCUAUCGGUGAAACCCUUGGACUCGUGCUCAAUACAACUGGCCUCGGAUCCGUUCUCUUUAGCAAUGAAACAGCCAACAGUACCGGCCUCCUAUCAUCUCUCCUCGGACUCAAUGGAACUAUCGACGCUAGCCUCGGCUCGCUUCUUGGAGGUAACGGAACUGCAGCCAACCCCAGUCUGAUUGGUCAACUUCUUGCAGGCAGCAUUCUUGGCCAACUUCUUCCACUACUCAACGUAACUGGCAACAACACAGCGCUCGGUGACGCGCUCACUGGCCUUGUCUCGCAAGCUCUCAACGAUACUCUCGGCCUUGCUACAAACAACACGGGCCUCGGAACUUUGUUGUUCGGCAAUGGAACUGCCAAUAAUACCAGUUUGCUGGGUACGCUGCUCGGUCUUCUUGGUAACGGCACUACCAUUGACCCCAGCCUUUUAGGAGGCCUUCUUAACGGAACCGAUCUAGGAAGUACUGUUGACGGACUUCUCAAUGGAACGGGACUUGGCGGGACCGAUCUAGAUACAGGGCUCCUGAACAGCACAGAUCUUAGAGGUCUUCUCAAUAAUACUCUUAGAGUGGCCAAUGGCACGGGUAUUCCGGGCGGUCUACUCGGCGGAUCUCCCGACAAUUUAACGGGUUCGCUAGGAGGAGUCAUUGGAGAUCUCACAAACAGCACAGGAUUACUCGGCGGAGCAAACGGAACAGAUCUUUUGGGCGGCUUGUUGGGAACUUCAGCGCCCGAAACAAACAGCACUGGCCUACUUGGAAAUGACACCCUAGGAGGAGUCAUUGGAAGCCUGACAAAUAGCACCGACAACCUCCUCAAUACAACAACAGGAUUAUUAGAAGGGUUGGGAACUCCUGACAACUCCACUGCGACCGGUGGUUUGUUGAGCCCGGGGGGGGCCUUGAACACAACAACUGGUGGCGAUCUCCUGGGAGAAUUAUUGGGGGCUCCUGAAAACACGACGACAGGUGGAGGAGGCCUCAAUCUAACCGCUACUAUUGGAGGUUCUAUCGAUAAUACCCCAAGAUCAGCAGGGGUAAAUGGCACAUUAGGCAGUGGCUCAACUGGCGGUACUGAAAGUGGCGGCACUGGAAGUAACGACCUCGUCGGCGGUGGAAACGGCUCUAUAACGAAUGGCAGCACUGACAGCGCUGGUGGCACUAAUUCAACCGCAACGACUGGCGGCAUUGGUUUUCUUGGUGCUCUUAUAAAUUCGACAGAUUCCCUCUUGAACACGAUUGGCGGCGCUUUAGGAAAUCUACUCUUUGGUGGAACAGGAUCAACGGGUACCGGAGUGACAAAUAUCAGGACGACAAACUCAACAGGGGGACUCCUUGGCGGCUUAUUAGGUAGUGGUUCUACAACAAAUACUGGCUUGACUAAUGCCACAACUACUGGUACCAACUCCACGGGGCUUUUAGGUGGCCUCUUGGGUGGCCUCUUGGGUGGUCUCUUGGGUGGAGGAGGCACUGGAGGAACCAAUACCACAUCAACCGGAACUGGAUCGACAGGCACUGGAUCGAUGGACACAGGAUCAACUGGUUCUGGCCUUUUAGGCGGCUUGCUAGGGACAGGGUCAAAUGGUACUGGGCUUUUAUCUGGCCUUUUAGGCGGUUUGCUAGGGACUUCCACAACCCCAGCAGGGUCGACGAACUCAACCGGACUUUUAUCUGGCCUUUUAGGCGGUUUGCUAGGGACUUCCACAACUCCAGAAGGGUCGACGAACUCAACUGGACUUUUAUCUGGCCUUUUAGGCGGUUUGCUAGGGACGAAUUCAACAACCACUGGCACAGGUCUCUUGGGUGGUUUGUUGGGUGGUUUGUUGGGCUAA